AAAAACAAGCUUUGAAUACAAAUGAGCUGACACACAAUGCAUGCCCUCCCUCCCUCUCUCCUUCUCUCUCUCUCUCUCUCUCUCUUCCACUCGAUUUCGGUCUCUCUCACACACUGAAACACUUUUGCUCCCUCACACACAUGUUCUUCGCUCUCUCCAUCUCCUCUGUGUUGCCUCAUUGGACCAUGCUCUGCACAGGAGGUAAUUUCAGCCACUUAAUUCAUUAGGCAUCACUGGUUGUUGGAACAAGCUAAUUAAAAGGAGGCUUAGUGAGAGUGUGUGUGUGUGUGAGGAAGAUUCAGAGACUGAGAAGCUGCUGCUGCAGCUGCUGUCGCUGCUGCUGCUGCUGCUGUCGUUGUCUCUCACGCUUUCACUGUGGAUGAGGAAGGACCAGGGGAGAGUGCAGGCAGAGGGACGAAGAAACCAGCAGAGACCGACAGCUAGGUGGAAAAAGAUUUUCACACCCCUUUGCCAUCCUCUGCUCUGACAUGGCCACCGCAUAGGAAUCUGGUGCCACGGCAACCAUCGGCUUGGGGACGAGGUGUCCGAGGAUAAGGAUACAGCUGAACAGAGGGACAUCCAGAGGAGCAGAGAGGGAGAUGGCAGGGGAGGAGAAGCCUGGUGUGAAGAGCAGCAGUUCCAUCGUCCCCUGCUUCCUGUUUGUGGAGCUGGUGAUCAUGGCUGGGACUGUGCUGCUGGCUUACUACUUUGAGUACACGGACACGUUUCCUGUGCACAUCCAGGGCUUCUUCUGCUACGACAAGACAUUCUCCAAGCCCUACCCGGGUCCGGACGACACCAGCAAGAUCCCCCCUGUGCUCAUCUACUCGCUCGUCACAGCCGUGCCUACCCUCACGAUUCUUGUGGGAGAGCUGUGUGCGUUCUUCUUCAAGGCAGAGGGAACCCAGGAGAAGACCAUCGUCACUGCAGACUGCUGCUACUUCAACCCCCUGCUGAGACGCAUAAUACGCUUCCUAGGUGUCUAUGCCUUUGGCCUUUUCACCACUACCAUCUUUGCCAAUGCCGGCCAGGUGGUAACGGGAAACCAGACACCUCACUUUCUGUCUGCCUGCCGACCAAACUACACAGCACUGGGCUGCCAGUCCACCAUGCAGUACAUUGCAGAGCGCCGGGCCUGCACAGGAAACCCGCUGGUUGUCAUGUCUGCACGUAAAUCCUUCCCGUCCAAGGACGCAGCACUCAGUGUCUACAGCGCACUGUAUACAGUGAUGUACGUCACUCUGGUGUUUAAGACGAAAGGCACACGGCUGACCAAGCCCACCAUCAGCCUUACCCUGCUCUGUCUGGCCCUGCUGGUAGGUGUGGUCAGAGUGGCUGAGUAUCGCAACCACUGGGCCGAUGUCCUGGCGGGAUUCUUCACCGGGGGGUCCAUCGCAGUGUUUUUGGUGACUUGUGUGAUCAACAACUUUAAGCAGUUGCAGCCGAGUCCUCUUCCACUUCGACCCCAGCGCCCGGAGUCCAUGUUGGGCAUGCCAAUGGUGACAAUGCCCUGUGUGGAGAGUCCACUCGAAAAGUUAAGUGGCCCUCAGCACCCUGCACUCUCCUCCACCGCCCCACCUUACAACGCCUAUCAACCAUUCUAACCAAUUUUAAAUCUCUGUUCUGCCUGCCAUUGCCCCUUUUCACCACCCCCAUCAUCUGUAGCCUUAUUUCUGUUUUUUGCUCUUUGCAUCUGUUUAUUCUUCUCUUUCCAAAACCCUCAUCCCCCGUGCAUUGCUCUUGAUUAUUCUUUUCUUCACUUUUUUUUCUCUACCUCGCCUUCUCUCUGCCCCGUCCUCUCUCUUUCUCACUCCUCUCUUUCCCCUGCAGACUCCGCGGAGAUCUUCGUUCACCGAGAUCACAUGACCAUCAGCCCUAUCGGUUCCCCACCACCCCCGAUGUCAUCAUACCGUCUCGCUCAAUUUCCAGCGAAGUUUAGACCAGCCGGAGCAGCACUCGCCUCACUGUGCGGCCCAUCCGGCCGGGCGGUACGCAACUCUGCAUCGCUCCUAUUCCACGCAGGUCUAGACUUCCCCUAACAAACAAACACACCCCUCCCUGUUGCCCUCUAAACCCCCGGGGAACCGAUAGGCAAACUCUUCAAAGACUUUCUGUUUCCGAGACACUCAGCAAAGAGCUGAGCAUUUGGUACAGAGUCAGGUACAUCUAUAUCUUUUGGUUUUUGUAAAUUAUAACUAAAGACUUUGCUGUUCCUUUUUUUGGUAUAAACUCAAUCAUGGGAACAAUGACCACUGAGAAUGUCCUACUUUUUUUUUUUUUUUUACAACGCUGGAAUUAAGUUUUCUUUUUUCUGAAGAAGGCAAGUGUGGAAAACUAAAAAAAUGACAAUGAACUUCCUGUUAGACUCCAAGCGCACAGCUUUGAUAUUAGGAGUGUGCCAGGAUGGACCAAAAAAAAGGUCCAGCUUGAGGAUCCCUGUACUGCCGAGAUUUAUCUGUAGAAACCUCCUUUUAGCAAGCCAUAUGCACAAACACACGAACAUGCACAAACACACAAACAUGUUUAUACACAUCUGGAGUAUUUUCUUAGUCUUACAUUUAUAACCUGGGGACUUUCGUUACCCUAACCAUAACUUUUUCUGGCCAUAACCUAACCCUAAUCCUAUUCUUAAACUAAGCAGCCCCUCAACCUGACCCUUAAUUUAAUGACCCCAAUAGUUAGCUUGCCAACUGCGGACACAACCAUUGUCCCCAUUUGUUCAGAUGCAAUCCCCAAUAAACCUGUUCAUAAGUUUUUAUUUCCGUCCCUGAAAGUGACUGUAGCCAUAGAACACAUCCUCACACACUAACCAGCACACACACACACACACACACACACACACACACACACACCCUGGAAUCUGAGUAGCAGUUCCCGAGUCAGCUCCACAUGAAGUUUACUCGGAUCAAAUAAUUCAUCUCGGAUCUCUCGGCGGACACCCCAGACAAAAGCAAACAGGAUAAAAGUACUGACAUCUUCAAUUUGCUUUCUUCUUCUUUUUUUCUCUUUCAGGUGGUUGUUGCCAAAAAAAAACAAACUGAUGUGAAAUACAAACAGAUUUGAUAAGACAAAGCCAAGCUUCAAACUGCAGGUGGCACAACAGUGAGCCAAAUCAUCACCUGCAUCGCAAAUAUUUGUUUUUUUUUUGUGUUCUUUUGAGAUGAGAAGCUGUCAUGCAAAUCAUUUCUGUGAUGCCAACAGGCUAUUUAUUUGUUUUGUUUUGAUAUUUCUUUCAAAUUUAGAUAUUAAAAACCGUGAACUGGAUCUUCUCUCAGAAUCUUAGGAAGAUUUGCUAAAGGCCGCCUGAGUUGUGUAAUUAUUGUGAUUAUUCUUUUUUUCCCACAUUUUAUCAAUAGAUUUAUUUAUUCAAAUGUACAUACAAGUAUGGUUGCCAUAAGCGCUCAGUGUGGCGUGACAGUUUUGCUAACUUUGAUUUGCACACUCCCGUAAAUUCACAGUUUGUAUUCUCCCGUCUCCUCAUCUUUUUACACUCUCUAAUUAGCUCUCGUCUCUGUGGCAUUGGUGCCUCGCCUUUUAUACCAUCACUGUGCUGUGAAAUGUUUCCCUCUGCUGGACGAUACACACACACAUCCACGCACACAGAGAAACAUGCACACAAAAAUAAAGACAGUUUUUUAAAGAGCACAUGCCAUUUAAACAUUUUAAAAGCACAUGCAAACACAUCUUUAUCCCCUGACCUUGUUGUUAAAACCUGUUUGUAUGCUAUUGUACAUAAUUUUCUUUUUUAUUCAGCUUGUGAUGUUUACACCUUGUAUUUAUUAUGAUGAACAGUGUUUAUGACGGUGCUGAAUCACUCCAAAACACUGGACCUGUCCGGGAAUAAAAACAGAAGGCUCAUUCUUUGAGUCAAACUUCAUGUCUGCUGGACCACGGUUAGAGUUAUUUACUCGUAGUUUCUCUCUGACAUGCUGUGUGUUCGUUGGAUUAUAAACGUAAAGUCAAUUCUGUUUGGAACUCACAAAUAAGCAUAAAAUAUGGAUUUGAA